UUGCACCUAGCGCCGCCUAACCCCUCUCCGUGGUCCACAUGCUGACAAUCUUCUCAUGGCUAGCCCUGUGGUGUCUUCUCUCCUGCCGAUUCAGGCAUCUCCCUCUCCUUCGACCAGCUCCCCGCCCGCCGCGACCAGCAGCAGCAGCAGCAGCGGCAGCGGCAGCAGCGGGUCCGGGUCCGGCAGCGGCGGAUCCACGACGUACCAGGGCGACAUCACCUACUACACUCUGGGGCUCGGCUCGUGCGGAAUUGACGACACCGGCAAGGACAACAGCGCCAAUAUCGUCGCUCUGUCGGCUGCGCUCAUGGGCGCCGUCUCCAACGCCAACCCCUUGUGUGGCAAGACCAUCACCAUCAAGGCCAACGGGAAGACCGCCCAAGCGGUUGUGCACGACAAAUGCCCGGUCUGCGCUUUCGGGGACGUCGACGCUUCUCAGAAUCUGUUCCUCGAGCUCUUCGGCUCGACCGAUGGCGGCCGCGAGAAGAUCGAGUGGUGGUUCAACUAAGACCCCCUUAGCGCGUCCUUGUUCAUGGACCUGCUGCCAGCGUUGGGAACAGCAGCGGGGCGGCGCGUGCAUGUCACAGCCGACCCCGGCACUGCGACGUGAUGUCAAUUUCUCUUCUUCGCCCAUCACCAGAUAUGGGCCGGGAUAUAUACCCAUUUUUUUCUUUCAAGAGCACAAAAUUGGAAAACUUGGCGCCUCGUGUGUUUUUGGCGACAGUCCAGGCUUGGACUAAAGGAACAUGGACAGGACAGGGAGCCAUAGAUUUGGCCACGGAUAGACUUCGCUUUCUUCUUGUACAUACUUGUGGGCGACCCGGAAUUUGGAAUUUGACCUGAUGUCCACGGUGGGCGACAUCUGCACGUAAGAUACAGU